AUGGCGCCUAAAAAAUUCAAUAAAGAUACUGAUUCGAAACAAUUAGAGAAGAAUAUCAAAUCAAGACCACCUCUUGCACGAUUAGCUAAAGAGGAUAUCGAUUGUAUUAUGUAUGCCAGAGACUUGAAGGGUGGGUCUAAAAAAGUUUUGGAGUGGUAUAAAAUCGGCAACUCAAAGUGUAAUAAAAUUUGGAAAUCUAAAGACCCAUACUCAUAUGCCAACUCAAUAGGUGAUCCAAAUUUGCCUGACUGGAAUCCUAAGAAUAUUAGUGAACCACCCAAUUCAACAUCCCAAGAAAUAAUUACACCCGAGGAACCCGUUAUCAUCAAGCCAGAUCCCAUCAAACGCGUCUUCUCUCAUUCACCUCAAUUUUUAAAAAGACGUGAAGUGACAUUUAUGAAAAUGACGUCGCAAAUAACAUCACCAGAAAAAGUGGCAGAUUUUUUCGAAAAUAACUCGACAUGGUCGUUAAUAAAGUUUCUCAAGUAUAGAGCGAGAACCGAAAGUUUUACAUAUGAAAAAGAUCAGGAACAUAUGUUGUACAAAAGCGCGUUGACAAGCCUUUCCAACGAGCAAGCUCAAAAAUGUCUUCUCACUUUUGAAGUUAAGUAUUUGAGGUGUGCAAUAUGCAAUACUAAAGAUACCUGCCGUAAUUCAAAAAAGGAAAUGGAAAGAGUUUCAACUCCUCUCAAGAAUUACACGGGUGAGAGAGGAGUUCGUCUUCCCUCGGCGCCCUUGAAUAUACUACACGUUAGUUGCCAUGACGCAACAGAUUGGGUUCGUCCUAAUUGGUUGUCAGGCUUCGUGCUGUGUUAUGGUCCAGCGGAGAAAAUUUCUCAAAGUGUUGUGAAUUUUUGGAACGGGAUCGAGAAAAACCGUUUAAAUGACAAUUGCGAAAAAAGUUCGUUAGGAUACAUCAAUGAAAUUAUAGAUGAUUCGGUCAAAGACUCCAAAACUGCAAGAAAUUAUUUAUCCAACAAGCUAGAAUCAUUUGUAACAAGUUCUAAGAAGCGAGAUUGUUCACGAAUGGAAAAUUCUCAAGAUCAUUCUAAUUUCAACACACCAGAUCACAAGAAGACCAGAACAGAUAUGUCUAAUAUCUCAUCCGAUGAAUAUAUCAAUGCCGUUAACGCCGUCAAUUCUAUUCAAAACAACAAAGAAUCUGCCCACACAAACCCACUCUGGUGGGGUGUCCUAGACUUUCGUGAGGAGAAUGUGUCUCCGAGUCCAAGCCUUCCCCGUGCCAAGAAUUUCCUCUCAGAAAACGAAUUCGAUCGUUUGUUGAGUAUGACGGAAAGUGCUAUUCAAGAAGAGAGUGAAAAAAUAAGUAAAUCAGCUAUAUCACUUUUAGAAGCAUUGUUAUUAUCAGAAAUCGUUAGCAUCCAACUUCUCGCAAAGGAAUGUGGCGCACGUGGAGUAGUUGGUAUACGUGAUCUUCUGCAAAGAUCUGCUGAUAAAAUGCAGGAUGUUGAUAAUGAUAAAAAAAUAAUUCAAGAUCAUCUUGCAAACGUAGAUGCUGAUGAUGACACUACAAUAUAUGUCGGGAAAUGCAUUGAGGACACUUACGAAUGGAUCAGUCGUUUUAAUGGACAAUGUCAAUCUGAACGAACCGUCGACAUGUUCCUUGUUGGACCUUAUGCCAAAACUCCGCAAACUAUAUUCACAUAUGGCGAAAACCAUUCAGAUGCUGACCGUGAAGAUAAAACAACUCGGUCGCAGAACAGUCGUGUUGGCAAAUCAUGCGAUUUCUUAUAUUGGAGCUCAUCUCGAGAAGCUGGUAUCGGCGAAAACAGCGGACCAUCCCAUAAAGAUAAUCAUGACAAGGCGAGGACAAACUUCGUUGAUGUGAUUAAGUGGGAGAAAUCCUCUGCCGGAGAGUCUACAAAAUGCAAUGGCUUCGAUAUUGAUACCGUUUUUCCAUAUAGUUGGAAUGAGAAUUCGGUUCUAUCUUCUUUUUCAAAUCAGCGGAGACCUGUACGGUAUUUGGGUUGGGCCUCGGAAUACCUACCAACGAAAAAUGCAGACGUGGGAGAAAUUGCUCUAUUAAGUAAAAGAUUUUUGGUUCACGGGAAUCUUAUAGAACGUGUAGGACGGAUGACAAACAUUCUUGCUAAGAAGUCUAAAACCUUUAAAGAUAAAAAAGAUAGGACUAGUGAGUCUUCUCAACCAACAGUAGUGCUAAAUAAAUUUCGAACUCCCGCAAAGGAGAAAAAGUCGGAAAA